UUCUCUUUGAUCAAUAUUCACCAUAAGCAUGGUGCGCCGUGGACGUGGAUUUACUCCUGCUAUUAGCAGGCAUUUGCGCUCGCAAAACACAUCCAACUGAUAAGAUAAGAAUAUUUACGGACAGGUAUUUACCGUGGGUACCUGUCAUUACUUACUUCCAGUGAAUUUUCGGUGAAUUCGGUGUAUGCAGUGCCGCUAGUGAAAGUUAUAUAAGGAUUUGUGCAGGAUGACGGCCGUGGAGCUGUAUACAAAAGGUGCAAAAGUAUGGAUACCAGACGCAGAAAAAGUAUGGCAAGCAGCGGAGUUACUUGACGAUUACUCUCCAUCGAAAACGUCACUCAACGUUCUUACAAAUGCAAACGAAACUAAAGCUUUAACCAUUAAGUCUGAAAAAGAUCUCCCAUUUUUGAUGAACCCCCGCAUUCUACUGGGAGAGAAUGAUUUGACGUCUCUUUCCUACCUGCACGAACCUGCUGUUCUUCACAAUUUGCAGUACAGAUUUUGUCAGAAAAAUGAUAUCUAUACAUACUGUGGGAUCGUACUAGUUGCCAUUAAUCCAUAUACAGAGUUACCUAUUUAUGAUAAUGACACAAUACAAACAUACAGGGGCCAAAGUUUGGGUAAUCUCGAUCCCCACGUCUUCGCUGUUGCGGAAGAAGCUUAUACCAAAUUAGAACGAGAACAAAGGGAUCAAAGUAUUAUAGUUUCUGGGGAGAGUGGUGCUGGUAAAACGGUAUCAGCUAAAUAUACCAUGAGGUACUUUGCGACAGUGGGUGGGAGUUCCACGGAAACUCAAGUGGAGAAGAAGGUUUUGGCGAGCAGUCCAAUAAUGGAGGCUAUAGGUAACGCCAAAACCACCCGAAACGACAACAGUUCGAGGUUUGGAAAAUUCAUAGAACUUCAAUUUAGCAAACAAUUUCACAUCAGCGGUGCCUCAAUGCGAACUUACUUGCUGGAGAAAAGUAGAGUCGUGUUUCAAGCUCCCGAAGAAAGAAAUUACCAUAUAUUUUAUCAACUAUGUUCGGCUGCAAAACAGUUACCUCAAUUAAAUCUAGAUCAUCCAAGCAAAUUCCACUAUUUAAACCAGGGAAAGAGUCCCAAUGUAGCAGGAGUGGAUGAACUACGUAAUUUCGAAGAAACCGUCGAUGCUCUAAAUUUACUGGGAUUUUCAGAGCACGAACAAGAAAAUAUGUUUAAAAUUAUUGCUGCCAUUCUCCAUGUUGGUAAUAUUGAGUUCGUGGAUAGCAUUAUUCAAGUGGAGAAUGAACAGGAUCAAGAAGGAUGCAUGAUUAGGCCAAAUGAUAAACAUUUAAAAGCUGUAACAAACCUACUCGAAAUAAACGAAGAAGAAAUGGAACAGUGGCUGUGUACAAAAAAAUUGAUCUCAAUGCAAGAUAUCUUUCUGAAACCAAUGUCUGUCCAGGACGCAAUAGCAUCCAGGGAUGCUCUAGCAAAACAUAUCUAUUCCGAACUCUUCAAUUGGGUAGUACUGAUGAUCAACCGAACCUUGGAAUCAGAAAUACCCAGACAUAGGUUUGUUGGUGUUCUGGAUAUUUACGGUUUUGAAACUUUCGAAAUCAACUCUUUUGAGCAGUUUUGUAUAAACUACGCAAACGAGAAGCUACAGCAGCAGUUCAAUUUGCACGUGUUUAAAUUGGAACAAGAGGAAUAUAUCAGAGAAGGAAUAGAGUGGAAAAUGAUCGAGUUUUAUGAUAAUCAGCCGUGUAUAGACCUAAUUGAAGCUAAAUUGGGAAUAUUGGAUUUACUGGAUGAAGAAUGUAAGAUGCCUAGAGGUUCCGACGCUUCAUGGACUGAAAAACUAUACACGAAAUGUUCAAAGUACCCUCAUUUUACCAAAGCACGUUUUGGUACGUCUUCCUUCGUAGUCAAUCAUUUCGCUGACAAAGUACAAUACGAGAGCGACGGUUUUCUCGACAAGAAUCGCGAUACUGUCGUCGAAGAGCAAAUAAAUGUAAUUAGAUCUAGUAAGAAUGGGUUAGUCAAAAAAUUGUUCACUUCUGAAUCGCAGAAAUUAUUGGCAGCACCGAGGACCAAACUGAAAGUUGUUUCGGCGAAGCCUAUGCCAGUAUCACAAAAAACUCACAAACAGUCUGUUUGUUCUCAGUUUAGAGAUUCCCUUAAUAAACUUAUGGCAACUUUAAACGCUACUACUCCACAUUACGUAAGAUGCAUAAAACCAAACGAUUCCAAGACAGCCUUCGAGUACGAACCAAAAAGAGCAGUACAACAACUUCGAGCUUGCGGUGUUCUAGAGACGAUACGACUCUCUUCUGCAGGCUUCCCAAGCAGGUGGUCCUACGUUGAUUUCUUCUACAGGUAUCGAGUCCUGUGCAAGAGUAAAGAUAUUAUUAAAACAGACAUUCAACAGACAACGAAAAAUAUAUUGGCGAAAUGUAUUAAGGAUUCUUCCACGUAUCAGUUUGGUAAAACCAAAAUUUUCUUCCGAGCUGGACAAGUUGCGUAUAUGGAGAAACUACGAUCUGAUAAACUUAGAGCAUGUUGUAUCAUGAUGCAGAAGACAGUAAGGAUGUUUAUAUAUAGGAAAAGAUAUUUAAGGAUAAGGAGAACGGCGCUUAAUAUUCAAAGAUAUGGUAGAGGAAUGCUAGCAAGGAGAUUGGCUCAAGACAUUCGAAGAAACCGAGCUGCUAUAAAAAUUCAGAAGUCUGUCAGAGGUUGGGUCAAAAGAGUUCAGUAUCAACGAUUACGGCGUUGUAUUUUGGGUAUUCAAACGCACGUGCGAGGCUAUAUGGCAAGACUAAGGUUUCUUCAACUCAAGUACAAUGCAGCAGCUCUUAUUAUUCAAAAACAUGUCCGUGGAUGGUUGGCACGUAGAGAAUACAAGAAAAGAAUCAGAAAAAUCAUUAUCUGCCAGUCAGCAAUUCGAAGAUACUUGGCUAGAAGGCAAUAUAAGAAACUUCGCAUCGAAGCUAGGUCUAUCGAACACGUUAAGUCACUUAACAAGGGACUCGAAAAUAAGAUUAUUAGCUUACAACAGAAGAUUGACGAACUUAAUAAGACUAAUUCUGAAUUAAAAGGCUAUCAGAACGAUGUACACGAUCUUAAAUCAAAACUACAAACUUUUAAAGCAAUGGAAUUAGAUAUAAAGGUUCUAAAUAAUCUAAUAAUAGAAAAGAACAAGAAAAUAGACAAAUUAGAGUCAGAUGUAAAGGCCGAAAGAGAUGAGAAAGUUGACUUGAUUAACGAACAAGAUCGAAUUAGGCAAGAAAUCGAAGAUGAGCGACUAGUUUUGGCACAAGAGACAGCAAAACUAAGAGAAGAACUGGAAAAUAUGAACGAGAUUGUUCGUGUGAGUGAAAAGGGUGCCGAAGAAAACCUAAAGGUGCGAUUAGAAGAAGAGAAAUUGAUUAUCAUGAACGAAGCUGAUUCUGAUAGAGAAGCGUAUCAAAGACUAUUGAAUGAGUAUCACACCUUAGAGCAAUACUGUGAAGAACUUAAACUUCAGAUGAAAUCACAAGGGUUCCCAGGCUUCCAUAAGAGAAAUAUUAGCGAUUUAAGCAGUAUAUCGGCUAUAGAUGAGGUUUUAUUAAAUGCAGAAGUACCUGAAGACUAUGGAUAUGGAUCUGUGAGGUCUACAACCAGUAGUAACUCCGCAAGGGAAAGAUUAGAGAACGUUGACUGGAAAAUUGAAGCAACAAGCGAGAACCAUACUCCUACAAACACCAGCACAAGCGAUACUAACACCAACCAAGAAGUGGAGACAUCUGAACCCCCUGUGGAGCAAAACGUGGACGUUGGACUGGUUCUACAGCUUCAACAUAAAUUGUCUGCUACUGACAGAGAAAAACUACGCAUGCAGAAACGUCUCGAUGAAAUGGAUCUGUCUCCAAAAGUCGAGAAAGCUAAGACUGAAGCUGAGUAUUCCAUUAGGAUAUCUGAACUUGAAUUGGGCAAUUCGCAACUUAAAAAUCAGCUAUUUGAGCUACAAAAUAGUAUUAAUGAAGGUCAAGGUGUAACGCAACUUCACGAGCAACUAGCUACAGCACAGAACGAACUCGAACGACGAGGUGAAGAAAUUAUUCAACUGAAGAGUGUCUUGGCAAAUCAGACCAAUAACAUGAAAUCUAUAUUGAACUCAAAAACUCAUACAGGUCAAUACAUAAACGAAGACGGAGAACUUGCUCAAGCUUACGAAACUCAAAAAACAAUCAACAAACAACUGGAGCUCGAGCUACAAGAUGAAAAGGCUAAAUACAUGGCUUACGAAAAAGAGCUUAAACUAGAUAACGAGAGGCUUCAAGAAGAAAACGAAAAGCUGCAACGUAUUUUAUCGGCAAAUCUUUUAGGUUCUGGUCAAACACAAGAAACAGCAUUCAUGCAACUGGAAAUUACACGCUUAGCCACAGAAAAUCUAGAACUGCGCGACAAAAUUGACUCUCUUACCGAAAAUAUGCGCAAAAUAAAGAAGAGAGAGAAGGUGUUGAUAAAAAAGUUGAAAGAAGCCGGAUUCGAUAUGACCAGUGGCGCAAUAACUGAAAACAACGUUGACGUGAAUGGUGCAAUUGCAUUUACUAAAAAUCUUCCAACUAUUCGCAAGAAGGAUAGAGAAUAUUUGGGAAUGUUUUCGUUUAAGGCUGGGGAUGAGAGCAAUAUUAUGAAACAGUUAUUAAAUAUUAAGCCCCGCACUGCUGUUACGCUUCUUCCUGGAUUACCGGCUUACAUUAUCUUCAUGUGUAUUAGAUAUACAGAUUACGUCAAUGAUGAAGAGAAAGUCAAGACUUUACUCUCAGCAUUUACUAAUACGCUCAAAAAAGUAAUCAAGAAGAGAGUCGGUGAUUUCGAAACAACCGUUUUAUGGCUGGCAAAUAUUUUAAGGCUUAUUCAUACCAUGAAGCAGUAUAGUGGAGACAAAACGUUCCAGAUAAAAAAUACCUCCAAACAAAAUGAACAAAGUCUAAGAAACUUUGAUUUGUCAGAGUAUCGGCAAGUAUACACAGAUAAUGCUGUUUGGAUAUACCAUGCUUUAAUAAAAAAUUUUGAAGAGAAGAUUCAGCCGCUUAUAGUCCCUGCCAUUCUGGAACAUGAGGAAAUACCUGGAAUAAGCGGAAAUAAACCUAGCGGAUUCAGAAGUAGAAUAGGAAGUUCUUCGAGUGUGACCAGUCCAACAGGUAGUCAGAAACCAACUGCUGCGCUUUUACAAGAGCUAACGAAUCAUUAUAAGAUUUUGAUGUAUUACGGAGUGGACCCUGAAGUUAUAUCCCAAAUAUUUAAGCAAAUAUUUUACUUCUUGUGUACCACCAGCCUUAAUAAUUUACUACUAAGGAAAGAACUGUGCCAUUGGUCCAAAGGACUCCAAAUAAGACACAACUUGUCGCAUUUUGAAAUGUGGACGAGAGAGAAAAAUUUCGAUGAACCAGCCAUUCAAUCAACUCUUCAGCCUAUCAUCCAAGCUGCCCAUUUAUUGCAAGCUCGAAAAUCAGAAGAAGACGUAGCUAGUGUUUGUGAGAUGUGCAGUGUUCUAACGGCUCCUCAAAUUUGCAAGAUUUUAAAUCUAUAUACACCAGUUGACGAAUUUGAACAAAGAGUGCCAGCUGCCUUUAUCAAACAAGUACAAGCUAAAUUGCAAGAGAGACCAGAUAGUAGUGCACAAAUAUUACUAAUGGACGUGAAGUACAAGUUUCCAGUUAGAUUCGGUUUCAACGCUUCAGUUAUUUGUUUAGAAGAAGUAGAGAUUCCAGAAAUAUUGAAUUUACCAAUGCUUGAAAAGCUUUAGAUUGUUACUGUUUAUUUAUGUAUAAAUAUAUUAGAAGUAACAAAUUACCACAAGAAGCAGUCAUGUUGUUUAAAAUAAAUAAGUUCUUAAAUUUGCUUAUUUUCGGUGAAUAUCUCAUUGUAUAUUAGAAUUUGACAAUUUUAUUGAAGAUAGAAAAGUUAUUUAUUUUUUUUGUAUUUUGUCUGUUGAGGAUGUAGAUGAGCUACACUACAAUAAAUUAACGCAACUCCCUAAUAACUGGUAAUUUUUGAUGUCUCGAAUUUCUUAAACCUGUUGUACGAUUUAAGUAUUUUUUAAUAUAUUAUAGCCUUAUCUUUUAGCGAUAUAGCUGUAAUAAUAUUGUUGGCAGUCAGAUAAAUUUUCAUCGUAUAUCGGGUGUACCAAUCAAACUGUGUUUUUUCUCAAAGUUCACCACACCUUAUGGAAUAUUCUAUCAUUUAUAAAAUAUGUACUGAAAUUAAAACCAUGUACUUUAACAAAUAGCCAUGGUUUUCAUCAAUACCGGAUGUGUGACAAACUUUAAGGGGUAAUUCUGCAUGAAAAAGAAUAUAAACGUAUGUCCGCAAAUGCUAUAUUUCCGUGAUACGGGGUGUUAAAAUUUUUCUUACAAACUGACGAUUUAAAUAUUGCCCUAAAACCGGUUGAGAUAGGCAAAUGAAAUUUGGUGGGUUGUAAGAGGUGGUUAUUGCGUAAUUUUUGACGUACAAUUAAGAAUUUUAUAUUCACCAUUGGAGUGCAUAGGGUUAAUAUGACCCGUAUGCGCGCUAAUGGAGAUUAUAAAAUUCUUAUUUUAUAUCAAAAAAUGCCCAAAAAGAACCAGCCAAAUUUCAUAUGCAUUUCACAACCUGUUUUAGAACAAAAAAUAAAUCGUCAAUUUGUAAGAAAAAAUCCGAAAUCCCGUAUCUCGGAAGCGAAGCAUUUGCGAACAUAUUUUUAUAAAGCAAACUGUCAUUAAUUUUUCAUGUAGAAUUAUGCCUUUCAUUUUGUCGCACUUAUUUAGAAAAACUCUGUAUCGAUGAAGAACAUGACUAGUUGUUAAAGUACCUAACUUUUUUGUUAUCCAACAUAAGCAAAUAAAUAAAAAAAAAACAGAAUGUUAAGAAAACCUGAGGCUAUAUUUUGGUUUUGAUUUUAGUAUUUUAUAAAUGCUAAAAUAUUCCAUAGGGUGUGAAGAACUUUGAGAAAAAACACAGUUUAAUUGGUACAACCGGUACACAAUGACAAUUUAUCUGUCUAGUAACAAUAUUAUUACAGCGAUAUUGUUAAAGGAUAAACUAAAACAUUAAAAAAAUAACUAAAAUCGGACAAGAGGUUUAGGAAAUUCGAGACAUAAAAAAUGAGCCAUUUUUAAAGUGGUGCGUUAAUUUCUUGGAGUAGUGUAUUAUCAGCAUUUUUGUCCUUUGUUUGUUCCCAUAGCCUCCCAUAUUAAUUUCAAUAAAAAGGCCAAGUUUCAUGACUAUCAGCAUAGUUUCUAGAUCAUUAUUAACGGAUUUCUAAAUCUGCUUUAAAUUUAAGUACCUACCUACUCGCAUGGAUUUUUAACUGAGUUGGAAGGAUUCUAAAUCGAGCAGGAGAGAAGUCCCUAGUACUGUUGGAUUCGAUCCGGAACGGAACAAAUUCUAGUACUAGGGCGGUACCAGACCUAGCCUUCCAAAGGAGAACUAAAAUUUUGGAAUAGUGGUGAUUUAUUUCUGAACCGUCUUCUUUCAGCUCGGUACAGUUAAUCCAGUGAUGCUCCCCCUUAUUUAACCCUAUGAAAAAUACAUUUUCUCAAGUUUUGCAAAGUAGGCUUCCGUGCCUACUAAGAACUAAGGAGUCCAAAAUUUCUGCCCGACUAAGGACUUUUUCAAAUUUUAAAACAAAAAGAAGUCGUACAGGUCGAAAUCUUGAGAAUAUGGUAGAUGAGACAGCAGUUUAUAGCCCAAUCCGACCAAUUUGACUACGGUUUUUUGUGAAAUUUGGCAUCGAAUCUGCCCAGUAAUACGGCACUAUAAAGCCUGUCACCGUUUAGUCCUUUUACUUGAAAUUUAUGUAGAUCACAUCUUGCGAAUCCCAGAAAAUGGUAGCCAUCAAUUUUCCGGCCGAUUGGACAGUCUUCGCCCUCUUCGGAACACAUUAGUGGGGUGACGUCCACUACUUCGACUGUUCCUUGGUCUCUGGUUUAUACCACUCACUGAUACGCCGACACUAAACCGCCUCCGAAACGAAGUUCCACUGUGGAACCACGUUUCGUCGGCGGUUAUGUAACAACGUAUAAACUCCUUUGGAUUACACUUCAGAUUCUGCUCAGAAGUGGUCUCACGGUUGCGCUUAUUGUCCGGAGUGAGUAUGACCAAAAUUUCAUGCAGGGUAUGACCCACGCAGUUUUCUGAGAUGCAUACUGUCUCAGCGAUCUCGCGCAUCGUCAGUUCGCGGUUUUCCAAUCAGAGAUCAUGGAUUAUUUUCAGAUUAUUUUCCGUGGUAGCCGUUUUCGGGGCCCGUGGACGUGAUUUAACAAAUACCGAUCUGUACCUACGUUGAAACUCGUUAGACCAAUAAUUUUUGAAGGUCGCCACCAAAGGAGAAUAGUCACCAUACACAGCCUCCAAGAGAUCUUUGAUUUCACUGCGUUAUUUCCCUUCCAAAAACAAGAGUCGAAUCACCGACAGUUAUUACCUACUCUUUUUUCAUUUUUCUAAAAUCCCCACACACUCCGACUUACACACGCGGUCAAAACAAAACUACUAGUCCGGUUGGGCUGAGAUUUUGACAUAGGCCGUCUACAAAAAUGUAUUACACGAUAGUAUAUUUCUCCUGCGAUAGUGGAGCCAUCUAGCGGAGAGGUGGAGAGGAUUUAUCGGACCACUCUCGUACAUAGCAUCCCGAGUAUGGAUUAUGUGCGCCGCAUAUGCCCCUCUAAACAGUCGCCUACAAAUAAGACCACCCCUUUUUCGUAUAAGGGACCUCCAAACGAGUUCAAUCGAUGAAAGGAACAUCCCAAUAUCAUUGGGCGGUCAUUCAGACUGCCUUGGGCAGUCUGAAAAUUCUAGGGGACAACUGGAAAAAAUAUUCUAACCUAAAAGAGAUAAAAACCACUUUUAACAAAAUGAACAAACACUAUUAUAAAGAAACGAAAAUAUGGAACUAAAAAGUGCAGGUGUAUGUGACCUGACAAGGGGAAAAUGUAAUAAUAAAAAGGGGGUGGUCGUAAAAACAUCGUACGUAAUACAAUUAUAGAUUUGGAGAUAAUGGUCCCGUCUAUUCCGUCGUGCAUCCGGGCUGGAAGGGCUUACGACCGGAUUAUAUAUGUAAUUUGUUACCUCAUCCACCCUGUUUCUAUAUCGGUCUUUCUAUCGUCUCCUUUUUCUUUAUUAUUUGCGUAAUUAGUUGCACCCAUUUUUGUAUCAUAUUGUUGGGCGUUAUCACUCCUAGUCUUGAUAUUAGGUUGUUCCAUUGUACGACCUAACGGAACCAUGGCUGGUAGAAAAUUGUGUAAAAUAAUAAUUUAACCUUAUGAACCUACAUUAAGACCAUAUUACCAGACCAGGGAUUAACAUUUUGGUCCAUUAAACCUUCGCCGUUUGUGCCUCCCAUUCAUUUUGCUAUAUUUGGAGCAUAUAUUUAUGUGAUCUUACUUCGGAUUUUAUUUUCAGUAGAUGACCGAUAUGUUGUGGUCAAUGCAACUAAUAAAUUUUCACCUAUUCCUUAGUCUUUGCUUAUAAUAUGUAAUUUUUGUGGUAAUCCUGUUAUUGAUAGCUGAUAUGAUAGAAUGAAUAUAAAUAUAUGUAGCAUUUGUAUAUCAUUAAUGUACUUAAUGCAAUAAGAAAAUUAGGUUCAUUUAGCUGGACUCUAGAUUUUUUUAAUGAACUUUGUCACAUUUCCUUAGAUUUUGUGUUUAUUAUUCUGACUAAUAAUAUGCCGGAAAAUUAUUUAAACUUUGCCAUUACUAUCGAGUAUUUAAAUUACUUAGUAUUAUUCAUAUUAAAAACAUUUAUUAGCUGCAAUGAAUAACUAGGAAGGCAAAACGAUUUAACAUCAAGUUACAGAUUUAAUAUCUGCACUAUUAGCAAAACAUUAUUACUUUAUUUUCUUCUAAGAUUAUUGUAUGUUUAUAUACAGCGAGUCCAUAAUGUAACGCAUCAAGUAGCACCAAACAACAAACUUUCUGUUUUUUGACAUAUUACUGCUUUAUUUUAUGUAUUCUGUUGUAUAGGGGCAAGUGGUUAAUGUUAUUAUUUUCAUCAUCAUCAUUGACCCUACAACCUCUGUUCAGUCUUGGCUUGUUCUGGAAUCAGCUUCAAUUAUUUUCUAUCCUUCGCCGUGGUUUUGCAAUUUCGUACUCUUAAAACUCUUAAGUUGUAUUCCACCUGGUCCUUAAAUUUUGCUCUGGGCCUUCCUCUUUUUCUCACUCCAUCCAGUCUUUGGUUAUAAAUGUGUUUUACGGCUCCAUCUUGUUCAUUCUCUCUAAGUUGCCCAGCCACCGAAUUCUGUUUGUUUUGAUGAACAUACCAUACUAUCGCUAUAAAGGCGGUAAUGCUCAAAACUAUCGUCUACGUCAUAAUCCGUUUUCCUUCAUGCCUUCAUAAACUAGUCUACUAGUUUACGUUGAAAACAACCUAAAGGUUCUUCGUCGCUUUUUUCAAUCGUCUACAUUUCUGACAUGUACAUAAGUGAGGACGUGUUUGAUAAGAGUUCUGUAUAUCACUAUUUUUGUUAACAAUUUCUUUUAUCCACAGUAUGCAUAUGAUUUUUUAGAUGAAUACGUCUGUGGAUUUCUGCAGUUUUUGUGUUACUCUGUUUGAUUGGUGAGCCUAGAUAUAUAAACUCGCUUACUCCUUCGAAAGCAUAUGUUCCAACCGUUAGAUAUUUGGGUUUUGCUACUUGCUAAUAUUAUCUGUCACCUUCAUAUACUUUGUUUUACUAGUAAUUUAACGUGUAGCACCAUUCUGUUUGUUGCUGCUUCUAAUGCCGUUAACGCCUUUCCUCUUGCAUAUCCUGAUCAUAUUGAUGUCAUCCGCAUACGUUAGUAUUUGUACACCACUCCAAUAUUAUUAAUUUAGUUUCAUGAAUAGGCCGUAAUUUUACAAAAAUUGUGACCUAAAAUAUGCAUGGGUAUGCCAGUAGUUAUCUUUUUUAAUAAUAUGCAAGCCUUUUUCGUUUAUCUUAAGAUUUUUUACGCUGACGUGAUAAUCAUUUAGACGUGUUGUGUAUAUAUAAUUGUAAAUACCAACUCUUGUUUUGUUCUUCUAGAUGCGUCGAAAGUGAAGAUGUGAUAGUUAUAAAUUGUAGAGUAUAUAUAUUUCACGUUGAUGUAGAUAUUAAGAGAUAUAAUAUAUGACUAGCGACAUUCUGAAAUAAUCUUUUAAACCUUUUAGCGUUUUUGUCGUCACUACAUAUUUUACAGACUAAUAUCAGAAUAGACUUAUUUUCAAAUUACUCUUUGUGUAAUUAUGUAAAAUAAUUAACCUUUAGCAAGUGUUUUAUUAUUUUUUACUGUUGAAAGCUUAUCGCUUAAUUGAUGCUAAUUGUAAACAGAAAUAGUUAUGUAAUUUUUGGAGUUAUCGAGCUAAAAAUAUACAAAAGUACAAAAAAUAUGAUGAGAAGCUAAAGGAUUAUGUACCGGUCUCCUCUAAGAUCAGGUAUGCAAUUUUCUUAUUUUAAUAGUUUUCUGCUGUGUAACUCACGAAAUACAUUUUCGUUAUUUAACAAACCUUCACUGGUCUACAUCGCUGUUCAAGGAAUUUGAAGCAUUCUUCUAUACAACUACACCUCAACCGCCUCUAGGCGAUUGAUCUUAUCAGCCUUCAGAGUCCACUUCUCGGUACCAAGCGAGUAACAAGCUCUCCAUGCUUUGUUGAGCUACCUUUAGGGAAGCAUUCUCUUGAGUUUGGCGACUAAAUAUAAUAAAAUUUGCCUUAGGAGCAUUCAUUUUUAUACCCUUUACACUUCCUGUUGUUUUGACGCAAUCCAAUAACUGUUAGAGGCACUAGAGGCUGUCGCAUAAAAUAACAGUAUCGUCAGCGUAUCUAAGAUUAUUAAUCAGUUCACCAUUGAUUUUCAUUCCUAAGUCUUAUCUUACAAAGCGUGUUUGAGAAAUAUGUGGGGUAGAUAUUAAGAGCAGGUAUAUAAUGAAUCCUUGUCUGACACGCGUCUUUGAAUGUAAAAUUCAUCGCUUAAGCUACUAUUAACUCGUACGACUCUUUUCUGCUUCCAGUAUAAGUUUUCUAUGAUACUUGGUUCUCCACCGCCAAUGCCUUUGGUUCUUAAUAUGUUCAAAACAUCCCCUACGGUCAUUAUCUAAAGCCUUUUGGUAAUCGACGAAAGCCACAUACCUAAAGAUCUUAACGUUGUUCGCGGCAUUUUUGGAGAAGUAUUUUUGGAUCCACCUCUUCUUACCAUGUAACAUUAAUGUCAGUAUUUAUUUUGAUAGUCUACCGUUGGCCUUAUUUUACAUACUUCAUUAAAAGUAUCCAUUAAAAAAGACUAAAUAAAAAUUAUAAAGUGGCACAAUAACUAGAUAAACUUCCAAACUAUAGUUUUUGAAAUUAUGGUAACUAUACACAUACAGGGUGUUUCAUUAUUAAUUGAAAAUAAUUUAAUUUUAAAUUCCUUGUUUCAAAAUAUUAGGGAUUACCCCAAAUCAAUUAAAUAAAAUGUGGCUGCUUACUGAGUUGCAGGGUGUUUCAUUUAAAAUUUAAAAACUUUUUCGCUCAUCCUGAAGAAAAGUGUCACAACUCAAAAAACAACAUUAUUCAGUAGAUACAAAAUUCAAUUGUAUAGAUUUUAAUUUAACUGUCAGUUUUAAACGGUAACUCCUAAAAUUUUUAAAUUAAAAACGAAGAAUGGGGAUAAGUGAAUGUUUCUAAGAGUGUAAGAAGCAGUACCAAAAAAAACUAUGAUAUCUGAUUUAACAAUGGAAAAAUAUCAAAUUUGGAGUUAUGUCACUUUUCUUUUAAAAUACCGGUCACUUUUUUAAACAUUAACGAAAAUUACCUAGGACACAUCUUGAAAUACAACGGUUUACGUGAUAAAUAUUGAUGCCUUCACUCCGAACGAUAGUCGAACGUCAGAGCAUAACCUCAAAAGUGUCACUGUUCCGGAAUAAAAGUAUUCAUUUUGCCGCCAAAGGAAAUAUGACACUACCGCCAUCUUUCAAAGUUGGAACUAAGCAUCUAGUAACAUGUCACAUCUGACAUGUGACAAAAGUAUAGAGUAUUUUGAAUCAAUUUAACAGGUUAACUGGAAUUAUGAAUUUUUGAGUUGUGUAAGUUUUCUUUCGGAGACGUUUUGUACCCAAUAUUUUAAAACUAUUUGACAUAUCCUUGCCAUAGAUGGCAGGAAGAGUGGCUACUCUAUACUCUAUUAAAUUAUCUUAAAAAAACGUUUCUGACUAUUACCAAAGACGUACGACGGGGAAAAGUGAAUGGUUCACCGUUCUCAAAUUCUGCGCCACUGGCGGAAUUAAUAUUUUAUUGCAAUUGUUCGAUUCUCUAAUACUUUCUAUACUAACACUACUUUCUAUAAUAAUAACUCUUUAUUUGUAUCGAAAAACUCAUUAUUUUUCGAGAUAUUUGAAUUUAAAAAUGAAGCGGCACAAACAGAAUUGAAUUAAUAAGCUCAUUGAGGUAAAUGGGGGUCACAUUGAACAUCUGUUGUACCUAAAAGGUUUACAUAGUUAAAAUGUGUUUUUUGAUAUUUUCGGGUAUUAAAAUUGUUUUUUUAUUUAGAUUAUAACAUAGAAUCAAAAUUUGUUUUUAAAUAAUGAAUGCAUCUAUUCAUUUCAAGAAAUUUCAACAUUCUUUUUGUUAAUAGAGAUUAAUAUUUUUUCGAUUUUAUUCCAUUUUAUAACCCAAAAACACCGAUAUAAUAUACUAAUCAAAAUAAUAGUGCAGCUUCAUUUCUAACUUCAAAUAUCUCGAAAAAUAAUGACUUUAUCGGUAUGAAUGAAGAGUAUGUUAUUUACAUAGAAAGUAUUGGAGAAUCUAAAAAUGAAACUAAAAUAGCAAUUUCAUCAGUGACGUAGAAUUUGGGAAGGGUCAACCAUUCACUUUCCCCUAUGGUAGUAGUCAGAAACAUUUAUUUAACAUAAUUUAGUAGGGUGGACAGUACAUACACUUUCUGCCAAAUAUGAUAAGGAUAUCACAAAUAGUUUUGAAGAAGUGGGUACAAAUAGUUCUUUUAAAUUUUUAAAUAAGUCGGUAAGGAGCCACAUUUAAUGUAAGUUAUUUUGAUUAAAUAUUUUGAGCCCAGGAAUCUAGAGUUAAAUUAUUUCCUAUAAUUAAUAAAACACCCUGUAUAUACUAACUUGUUGUAGACCCAAGAAACCAAGCAGUCUAUUUUGAUAUCGUAUGUAGUAGCCAUAUUAAAAGUGUGGUCCAUCAUAAAUAUAUAAAUACUUUUGUUAGGAUCUACGAAACCAAUUAUUGUUAAUGUUUGGAGUAAAAUAUUUAUUGUUAGAAAUUAAAUAAAUUCUAUUAACUUGGCAAUAUAACAAUGUUAAAUUCCUUUAUUAUAGCGAGGAACUGAACGAAUAGAAAAUAUUUAACAUUAUUUUCAUAUCAGAGAUAUUCCUAUACAACUUUGUGAUAUUUGUUUAAUUUUUAAUUUAUUGUAAAAUUAAAUUUGUUUAAAUAAAUUUUAUUGAUAGUUAAA